CUUUCUUUUCUUUUUUAUGGUAUACACCCAUAAAAGAGGACUCGAGCACCAAUCAAUCAUCUCAUCCAUUGGCAAUUUUAGGCCUAUCCCUAAUAUAUCUAGGGGUUCCUUGUGGGCUAGUUUUAAGGUUACCCAUUUUUGCAAACCUAAAACAUCCAUGCCCACAAUGUGUACCAGUCCCAAUGCACACCUUACAAGUCAUUAAAGAACCAUCGCUCUAACUUCAAUAGCUUCAUUUCUUAAAAAGACCGAAAACCCCUUUUUCUCCCUAGUCCACACACACUCCAUCGCUGAGUUUUCUACAAACAUCUUCCGCCCUUCUCUCUCUCUCUCUCUCUCUCUCUCUCUAAGAAAGAACAACCUUUUUCUGGGUUUUUACCUCUUUUGUAAGGUGACUUUUCUUUCUUGAACCAAAAUCUUGUUGUAAGAGUUGAUAGUUUUAGCUAAAGAUUGCACCUUUUUCAAUCUUUUUCUAUUACGGUACUUAUGAAAACCUUGUCUUGAUUCAAGAAUUGAUAUGGGUAUUUGAGAGUGAAACCUUAAAAUUUUUGGAAGAUGGUGAGAGGGAAGACUCAAAUGCGGAGGAUUGAAAAUGCUACAAGUAGACAAGUGACCUUCUCCAAAAGAAGAAAUGGUUUGUUGAAGAAAGCGUUUGAACUUUCUGUGCUUUGUGAUGCUGAGGUUGCUUUGAUCAUCUUCUCUCCAAGAGGCAAACUUUAUGAAUUUGCAAGCUCAAGCAUGCAGGAGACAAUUGAACGAUAUAGAAGUCACGUAAAAGAUGUUCAAACAGAAAACUCUUCGAGUAUAGAAGAUGUUCAGCAUUUGAAGCAUGAAACAGCUACUAUGGCAAAGAAGGUAGAACUCCUAGAAGUUGCAAAAAGGAAACUUUUGGGAGAAGGGUUAGGAUCAAGCACCAUUGAAGAAAUAGUUCAGAUUGAACAACAGCUUGAGAGGAGCGUACGCAUUGUUCGAGCAAGAAAGAUGCAAGUCUACAAUGAACAGAUUGAGCAACUACAAGCAAAGGAGAAACUGCUAGCAGCUGAAAAUGCAUCACUUACUGAGAAGUGCUUAAUCCAAACAGACCAAGGAACAGAAGAAAUGAGACCGGAUGUACGUGUUGUUGAUAACGAGGAGAACUCAGAUGUGGAAACGGAAUUGUUCAUCGGACCACCAGAGGUCAGGAGAACGAAGCAAAGAUGGUCAAAGUAGUCAGUAUAUAGAUAGAUAGAUAUAUAUGCAUACAUAUAUUUUAUAUCUAUCAAGAUUAUGUUAUGCAUGCUACCAACAUUAUCCAUGUUAGAUAAGAUGCGCCCAACACAUAUGUUGUUCUGCAACAAAAUUUUCAUUCUAGAGAAGUCUAGAAGAUUAAUGCAUCAGAAUUUGUCAGCUCAAACCCUACGUAACUAUUGCAAUUAAAAAGAUUUGUCAUUGUACAUAUGACCAUUUGAUACUGGUUGAUGAGGUGUUCAACAUGUUUCCAGUUCGGU